ACACGUCAUAAACAAGCAACAUGGCCGACCGUCGCGAGUAUUGACAAGGCGCAUGCUGGUGUUUACAAACUGGACGAAGGACUCGGCUACUACUCGGCUUCGUCGAUGAGACUCUGACCCUGUCGGCGGUCGCGCGACUCGUCCUGCCAUGGCGCAAGCGAAGCUCGAUGUGCCGGAGAAAUCUGGCGGCGGCAUUAAGGAGAAGGAUAAGGAUUCCGAGGAAAAGGAAGGUCCCACCGUUGUGCCAGAAUGCGCAGUAUGCCUGCAGCCUUGUAUCCAUCCGGCACGAUUACCCUGCAGCCAUAUAUAUUGCUAUCUGUGCGUAAAGGGUGUCGCUAAUCAGAGCAAGCGGUGUCCGAUGUGUCGUCAAGAGAUCCCGCCGGAUUUUCUCGAGAGACCUCAGCUGGUGGAAGUGGAGGAGCCUCAGAAGGAGUCGGAACAUCCCGAGGAAGAGUACCAGUGGUUUUACGAAGGUCGAAAUGGUUGGUGGCAGUAUGAUCAGCGUACAAGUAUCGAAUUAGAAACGGCAUAUAAGCAGGGCAAAAGGACCUGCGAGUUGCUGAUCGCAGGAUUCCUUUACAUCGCCGAUUUUGGUUCGAUGCUUCAAUUGCGUAGAAAUGAUCCCUCCAGACGAAGGAGGAUCAAAAGGGAUCUGUAUAAUGUUCCGAGAAAAGGAGUUGCCGGAUUACGGCUCAACGUGCAGGACGAAGAGAUCGUGAGGGAAAUAAGGGGUGCUGAACGGCCAGCUAGUCCUGCGAGUGAUAGUAUGGGUACAGGAGAUGGCACAAAUACCCCCAUACCGCCUAGUAAUACGCCACAGACACCUGCAGGUGGGACAGCGAGUGGCGACGCUACACCUCUAAACGAUAGAAUAGAUCAGAGGUCGGAUUCCUUGCAUCAGGUCUUGGAACAGAUGCGUUCUUUAGUAUUAAGAGAGCAUCUGUCCUUAAACAGCGAUAACGAAUUCGAAGAGGAUACGGAGGACGCGUCGAUUUCGGAUCAUCCCACCCUUUCAUAGCUACAAAUAUCGAAUCCGUAUUCGUCACAAAUCGCGAUAAUCUUAUUUCGGAAUCUCCAAUUCUUUUCCAAGCUCUUCGUAUCGUUAUUCAGCUCAAUAAGAUAGUAUUCUAUACAAAUACACAUCGUGUUUGCUAGAAGUGUAUCAAUGUAUAAACUUUAGUGAUCUAGCAAACUGGAUUGCUCAACUACAACGUACGGAAAUUGAUAUACAAUUAAGUAUCUCGAGUUAAGUAUCUUAAUUUAAUAAGUCUUCUUUUUCUGCUUUUAAUAACUGUUUAACGUCAUAUAAUCAAGAUGAGAAAAAUAUCAACCAAGUUGUCAUCGAAGAUAACGAGAGUUUGCGAAAAACAGAUUUACAAUUUACAAAAUAACUACUUGUUGAUGAAUAAUGUACUUAAAAGUCUAACUUUGAGAAUUACUGUGUCGUAUAGCAGUAAUAUAAAGCUGCUGUGACAACAAUUAGUCGUAUUAAUUAAGAUAAAUAUACUAUAGCUAUUCUAAAAUGUAUUAAAGUUUCUAAUAAAAAUGUGUUCAUGCCUUAGAAAGGCGCGUAAAAAGAGAAUAUAAUGAAAAAAAAAAAAACAAUUAUUAAGAAAACCGAGUGCAAUACUCGCUAAUUGAUAAUUGCUAGUUUCGAAUAAAAUCUGUAAUCUCUUCGAUGUUUAGAAAUGUCGAAUUAUCUUCUUCUCUUGUAUCACACUCUAUCCUCUUCUAUAGAAAUAAAGGAUGCAUUUUUUCUCGGCA